AUGAAUUCGAACUCGGCGAUUAUCAAAGAUAAACAAGUAGAACAUCAAUAUAGAAUAAUGGAAUCAAGUUUGACGUCAAGUUUUCUCAAAAUUGGUGAUACAGUAUCUUUAUAUGCUGAAGGUACUGUUUGUGGUUUUAUAAGUACACUUGGACUUGUUGAUGAUCGUUGUGUUGUGCAACCUGAAUCUGGUGAUUUACAAAAACCACCAAAAAAAUUUCGAGAUUGUCUUUUUCGUAUAUGUCCAAGUCAUCGUUAUAGUGCUCAAGCCCAAUAUUGGAAUGCAUUAAAAAAUUCUAAUAAUACUCGAGAUAUAAAAAAAUUACAAAUAGCUGCUGAUACAGAAAAACGUCAAAAUGAAGCUGAAACUCGAAAACAAACUGGAACAAUUAUUAAAUAUGGUGAUACUAUUGUACAAUUACUUCAUAUAAAAAGUAAUAAAUAUAUAACUGUUAAUAAACGUUUACCAGCUAUUUUGGAAAAAAAUGCAAUGCGUGUUUCAUUGGAUAUUAGUGGCACAGAAGGUUCAUGGUUUCAAAUUGAACCUUUUUAUAAACUACGUACAAAAGGAGAACGAGUUGUUGUGGGUGAUAAAGUUGUACUCAUGCCUUAUAGUGGUGGACAACCAUUACAUGUUAGUGAAUUAGAAUUACCUGAUCAUCCUGGUUCCAAAGAAUGUUGCAGUAUUAUUAAUCUUCACGCGGUCAAUUCUCAUCUUCAAACAAGUUGGAAAAUUGUUUUAUUUGUAUCAUGUUAUGAAGCAACAAAUGAAGUAUUAAAAAGUGGUGAUAUUGUACGUUUAUUUCAUGCUGAACAAGAAAAAUUUUUAACCUGUGAUAAUUAUCGAAAAAAAAGUGUUGUCUUUUUACGUGCAACUGGUCGUGCAUCAGCAACAUCAGCAACAUCAUCAAAUGCUUUAUGGGAAAUUGAAGUUGUUCAACAAGAUCCAUGUCGUGGUGGCACUGGUCAUUGGAGUUCAUUAUUUCGUUUUAAACAUUUAGCUACAGGACAAUAUCUUGCUGCUGAAGUUGAUAAUGAUCAAACAUUUGAUGUAACACGACAAAAAUUACGUGGUUCAUCAACUACACCUGUUUUUGCACUUAUACCUAUUCCACAUGCAUAUGAUAUAUCAUCUUUAUUUGAACUUGAUCCAACAACAAUAACACGUAAUGAAGAUCCUGUACCAUGGGGUUCAUAUGUACGUUUACAACAUAUAUGUACAAAUACAUGGGUACAUUCAACAAAUAUUAAAUUAGAUCCUGAUGAUGAUAAUGUACGUUUUAAAAUUGGUUGUGCUUUAAUGAAAGAAGAUAAAGAAGCAUUUCAAAUAGUACAUGUUUCACCAGAUGAAGUACGAGAUUUAGAUUUUGCUACUGAUGCUGCACAAUAUUUUGAUACAAUUGUAUCAAAAUGGGAAAAAAUUGGAAUUAUGAAUGUACAUGCUAAUGAAAGAAAGCAAGUGAUGUUAUUAUUAAGUGAUAUAGUUUAUUUUCUUGCUUGUCAAGAAAAUAAUGGAAGUGAUGCAUUUGAUGUCCAAAUCUUAAAACCAAAUCGUGAAAGACAAAAAUUAAUUCGUGAACAAAAUAUACUCAAACAAUUAUUUCGAAUGCUUCGAGUAUUAAAACCACGCUUGGAAUUCGAACGAUCAAGUACAAAAUCAAUAAAAGGUUCAGAUUCUUCUACAAUGUUAAAUAAUGAUCAACAUAUUUCAACAUCACCACAACAACAAGAUGCUGAUGUACGUCAUUCAACAAUAACAUAUCAAAUAAAAACAAUUUGUCGUCUUUGUUAUCGAAUACUUAAACAUUGUCAACAAGACUAUCGAAAAAAUCAAGAAACAAUAGCAAAAGAAUUUUCAUUUAUGCAAUCACAAAUUGGUUAUGAUAUAUUAGCUGAAGAUACAAUAACAGCAUUAUUACAUAACAAUAAAAAAUUAUUAGAAAAACAUAUAACAGAAAAAGAAAUUGAUACAUUUGUUAGAUUAUUAAGAGAAAAACGAGAUUGCAAAUUUCUUGAAUACUUAUCAGAUUUAUGUGUAUCAAGUAAUCAAGCCAUAGCACGAACACAAGAGAUGAUAUGUAAAUCAGUAUUAGAAAAAAAUUCUGAUAUUUUAAUACGAACAAAAUUCGACACAAGAGAGUGUGUUGAAGAUAUGGUUUUGGAUGAUAAUAUAAGUUCACCAAUUGGUUUUUCAAAUCAAAAUAUAUUACAAGAAGUUAGAUUAACAUGGGAUGGAACAUCUGAAUCAAUUGAACAUAUGGCUGGUGUUAUAAGAGAUAAACCUUCACAUAAAAGACGUGAAGAAUUUAAAAAUAUUCUUGAAUAUUAUAGAUUUCAACUAAAUUUAUUUUCUCAUAUGUGUUUCGAUCGACAAUAUUUAGCAAUUGAUAAUUUAUCACCAGAAUUAACAAUUGAACUUCUUCUAACAUGUACAAAAAGUGAAAAUCUUCCACCAGAUUUACGUGCAGCAUUUUGUCGUUUAAUGAUUCAUAUACAUGUUAAUCGGGAUCCGCAAGAAGAAGUAACACGUAUAAAAUAUGCACGAUUAUGGAAUCAAGUUAAAUCAACCAUAUCUUUAAAUGAAUAUGAUCAAACAAUAAAUGGUUCACUUGAACCAACAGAAAAAAAUGACAAUCGAUCAAAAUUUGAAUCAACAAUGAAAUUUGUAGAAGAUUAUCUAAAUACAGUUGUUCAGCAACCAAAUUCAUUUUCUGAUAGAGAACAAAAUAAAUUAACACAUGAAGUUGUUAAUUUAGCUCGUCGUUUAAUUUUCUUUGGUUUUUAUAGUUUCGAAGAUUUACUUAAAUUAACAAAAACACUUCUUGGUAUAUUAGAUACAAGUAGAAUUAUAGGUGCAAAUACAAUUGAUCCACUUACAGAAAAAAUUCCAUCAGUAGUUAUAGCAAAUACAAAAUCAUCAAAAUAUGAAUCUGUUAUAACUCCAAAUUUAUAUACUGUAACAGAUACAAUUACAGAACAACCUAGUGAUGCGAUUGAUGAUUUAGCUUAUAAAACAAAAAUGAAUAUUAUUGCAAUUCUUGAAUUUAUUCUUGAUAUUCGACUUGAUUUUCGUAUUUCUCGUCUUGUUUCAAUUUUUAAACAAAAAUAUGAUCGUCUUGACUCAAUAUCAAAUUUACUUCAAACAUCCGAUAUUGAAUGUAUAUUUGAUUCUAGUGAACCAAAUCUUGAUUUAGAUGAUGCAAAAGGCAAAACAUUUCUUAAAGUUUUACUUAAACUUGUUAUGCAUGAUUAUCAACCAUUAGUAUCACGUGCAUUAUCAUUACUUUUUCGACAUUUUAAUCAACGUAAAGAAACAUUACAACAUUUAAAUCAAGUACAAUUACUUGUUAGUGAAACUGAUAUUCAAAAUUAUAAACAAAUAAAACGAGAUUUAGAUCAAUUAAGAUUAUUUGUUGAAAAAUCAGAAUUAUGGGUUUAUAAAAAAGGAAAAGAUGGAACAACAAUGACAGCAAAUGAAAAUGAAACUAAUGUCGAUAACGAAUAUAGAAAAGAUGAAGAAUUAGAAAUGAAGAAAUUGGCAACUUCAUCUGGUUUUACUGAUGCAGAAUGGGAAGCUGGUGCUCCGGUUAUCAAUGAAGAAUCAUCAUAUCGAUAUACAUCGAUCUUCCAGAUUUUAUGUCGAAUGAUGAAAUUAUGUGUUGUUGAAACUAAUGAUGGUAAUUUAUAUGCACGUGAAGAUGAACAACGUUUAUUAAGAAAUAUGGGUGUACAUGUUGUUGUACUCGAUUUAUUAAAAAUUCCAUAUGAUAAAAUAGAAGAUAUUCGAAUGAAUCAUAUAAUGAAAUUAGCUCAUCAUCUUUUACAAUAUUUUUGUUAUGAUAAUUCAACAAAUCAAGCUAAAUUAUAUGAUUUAUAUUUUAAUGAUUAUCCUCAAAUAUCUGAGGAACAAGAAGUAGAAACAUGUUGUUAUAUAUUUCUAAAUAAUAUUCAAUUAUGUAAAACAAUAACUGAAAAACAUAUUCAACAUUUUGUUCAUUUAAUUGAAUUACAUGGACGAAAAGUUACGUAUAUUAAAUUUCUUCAAACAAUUGUUAAAGCAGAAAAUCAAUAUAUUAAAAAUUGUCAAGAUUUAAUUAUGUCUGAAUUGGUUACUUCCGAUGAAGUAUUAAUGAUUUAUGAAAAGGGAAGUUUAUCUGAUCUUGUUGAACGUAUGCAAUCAGAAAAUGAACGUACAAAUCCAAAUUCAUUAUUAAAUUAUCAUAUUCAACUUGUUCAUCUAUUGGCAAUGUGUACAGAAGGAAAAAAUGCAUCAACAGAAAUUAAAUGUCAUUCAUUAAUUGGUCUUGAUGAUCUUGUUUUAAUAGUAACACAUCCAGCUUGUAUUGCUGAAGUUAAAGAUGCUUAUAUUACAUUUUUAAAUCAUUGUUAUAUUGAUACUGAAGUUGAAAUGAAAGAAAUUUAUAAUAGUCAACAUAUUUAUACAUUAAUUGAAAAAUCAUUUUGUCCAGAUAUUGAAAAACUCAUAACAAAAGCAAGCGACGAACGCAAUUUAGAAAAAUAUAUUUUAAAUACAGUUUUGGAAUUAAUAUAUCAAUUUUUCAAUUCACCCUUUUUCGAACAAUCAUCUUCACCACAAAUUAUGGAUACUAUUGAAAUUCAACAACGCAAUACAAUUCUUGUAACACUUCAUAGUCAUUUAUUACGAUUAUUUAAUGUACUAUGGUUAACAACAGCACAACGUGAACGUGUUGAUCGUUGUAUACAUAUAAUAUCAUUAAUUGCUGAUCGGCGUGGUCUUAUUCAUUUUUUACGCUCAAAUCGUAGUUCAGUCAGUGAAUCAGUAACGCAUUCACGUCGUGCAAGUCGUAGCGUAACAGCAGAACGACAAUAUAGUAAGGAUUAUGUUAUCGAAGGACAUGAUCAUUCACAAGAUAUCGAACAUAAACGUGUUAUUGAUGGUUUUUUGUCGUUUCUUUCUCAAGUUAGUGUCCGACUUAGUCCAUUAAUUCAAGCAGAAAUGAGUAUACUUGUCGAUGUUAUUCGUGCACCUGAUGCUCUUUUUCCUGAUAAAAAUGAAUGUCGAUUGAAAUUUCUCAAUGGGGCAUUCGUUUAUAAAUUAAUACAACAUGCUAAAUAUUUACUUAUACAAACAGAUGAAAAUCUAUGUUUACGUAUAAUGCAUGCACUUAAAUCAAUGGUUAAAAGUAAUCAUGAAUUUGAAACAAUGGGACAAAGUUUAAGAUUAAAAUUACUUCGACUUUAUUUUUCUGAUGAUCCACAAUAUUUAAAAUCUCUUCAUCAAACAUUAAAAGAAGAAGAUGUUAUUGAACGAUUACGUUUAAUACAAAAUGAAUUAAAUAAACAAGGUGCUAGUGAUCUUGUUGUUGAAUUAUUUAUAAGUCAAUCAUCAAUACAUGUUCUUGAAGAAAGCAUUCAUUUAGCUAUAGCUUUACUUGAAGGUGGAAAUACUGAAGUUCAAACAAGUAUUUAUCGUCGCUUACAUGAAUAUGAAACAGCAUCAGAAAAAUUUUUUCAAGUUUUCUACGAUAAAAUGUAUACGGCUCAAAAAAUAUUAAAAAGUAUGUCGUCAAUUACAAAUGAUAUUCCCAUAGACAAUGAUGAUUUUGAUGACGUCAUAUUUACAUCAACAUCCGAUCAUGUUUCACCAAUUCAAAGUCCAACAAUAGAUAAUCGACAAUUAUUACAUAUUUCACCAAUAGAGGAAACAUUUACUACUGAACCAUCAUCGAAUGUUCCAUAUGAAUAUCAAAUGAAUACUAGUAAUAAUAUUACUGAAGUUGAAUCACUACUACCAUUUGAAGCUACAUCGAUUACUUAUGAAGCUGCAUCUCAAUUAGAUCAUAAAAAAUAUUCAAUUGCGGAAACAAUUGAUACUUUUGAUUUUCAGUCACACAAUCGUCGUUAUAAACUUGCAUUUG